AUGGCUCAAACUUCAUCGGACACGAAGAAAGUCGACAUUUUCAACGAGAGGUCUUCUAGCAUCGACAAGAUUGAAGAUAUUACGACUGCACGCGAACAUGCGGAACAAAUCGCAAAUCUCUCUGGUAUUGAGGCCACAGCCGCUUCAAAGGCUGCUUGGCUGAUCUCCAUGACCGUUUCUCUCGGUGGUCUCCUUUUCGGCUACGAUACUGGCUACAUCUCUUCGGUCCUCGUCACUAUCGGCACAUCUCUCGGCCACGAACUCACUUCCUCCGAGCAAGAACUUGUCACCUCGCUUACUUCUGGGGGAGCACUCGUAGGAGCCGUUAUUGCUGGCAUGAUUGCCGACAAAUACGGUCGCAAGCUACCCAUUUUCUUGGCCUGCGGUGUCUUCGUCAUUGGUACAGUACUCCAGACGGCCGCAUACCAUCUCCCACAAUUUGCUAUAGGCCGCUUCGUUGUAGGCCUUGGCGUCGGUUCGGCGGCUAUGGUAGUCCCUCUCUACAUAUCCGAAUUAGCACCAGCCAAGUAUCGCGGCCGCAUGAUCGCUUUCAAUAACAUGAGUGUUACGUUCGGUCAACUACUAGCCUCAGCCAUCGGUGCCGGCUUCGCGCAAGUUGGAGGCGCCAACUCGCAGGCAUGGAGGGCAACAGUUGGCAUUGGUGCGGCACCCGCAAUCCUCCUCGCCGGCCUUUUGACUCUCUGCCCUGAGUCUCCCCGUCAAUUAGUCGCACAUGGCAAAGCAGACGAAGCCAGUGUCAUCCUUACACGUCUCUAUCCGACUUCGACUGAAGAGCAGCGCCGUGCGAAGAUUAUGAGCAUAGAGAUGAGCAUCAACGAGGCUACACAAACAAUGGUAGACGACUCAGUGUUCAAGACGCUAGCCCGCAUCUUCACGACCGGAUCCACAUUUCGCGCUGUAUUUGUAGCAUGCACAAUCAUGGCCAUCUCUCAAUUGUCUGGCUUCAACACGCUCAUGUACUACUCCGCAACUCUCUUCAAGAUCGUAGGGUUUAACAACGCCACCGCUGUCGCCAUCACCGUUUCCGCUACGAACUUUAUCUUCUCGCUCGUCAACCUUGUCAUCGUCGACAAGUUCGGUCGCCGUCGCAUACUCUUGGUGACAGUCUUGGGAAUGAGUAUCUGUCUCGUCAUUGCUGCCGUCAGCUUCUCUUACAUCCCAAUCGACUUACACACUUUGGCUGUUCAGAGCGAUGAGAUCGGCUGGCCAGGUUAUGUGCUCAUUGCUACAAUCAUCAUCUUUGUUGGCUUUUACUCUAGUGGAGUCGCAACUGUCGCAUGGAUCGGCACCGAGUUGAUCCCCAUGGAGGUUAGGGCGGUUGGUACGAUGCUCAACACAGUCACAUGUUGGAGUACCAACAUUAUUAUCGCCUCAACCUUCCUUUCUAUGAUGAAGGGUAUUACUCCAUCAGGGGCCUUUGGCUUCUAUGCAGGCAUCUGCUUUGCCGGUUGGCUCUUUGUCAUCUUCUGCUUCCCAGAAGUCAAGGGAAUGCCGCUCGAGGCUAUCCGUGAGGUGUUUGAACAUGGCUUUGGUGUCAGAUAUGCGAGAAAGUGGCAGAAAGAGAACAAGGAGUUUGCUAAGAUCAAUGCGGGUAACUCACAAGCUUUCGGGCAUUGA